AUGUUGUCUUAUGCGUCAUUGGACACCUUGGUAAAGUUUCUCGGACGCUUUUCAAAAUUACAGUUGCGAAUGAAGAGAUCAAAAAUGAGCCGUUACGAUCAAAAUGAGAAACCCCUUUGUGACAAAAUUCUCUAAGAGGAUGUAUUUGUUCGAAAACUUUCUUUCAAUUCUGCUUAAGCCUAAUAUUUUGAAUUCUGUUAAUUUUUUCUUCUUCUGUGUUCUCCGGAUGUACCUUUCAAAGCCUGCUCUUUUUUUCAGUAUCUUCUUCCAUUUUUUGAGUUUCCGCGUCCAUCCCUUCACUAACUCUGCUUGUUGAUCGUUUCCUCUUUGAAUAGCUGCUCUUAUUGAAUAGAGCCAUGCUUCUGACUCGAACAGAUCCAAGAAAAGCUGCAGCUCGCCGAGCGGCGGGAGCAAACUCGAUAGAGCCUCGGGCGGCCGCGUGCGUCGGAUGCCUCUGGCGGGCGUUCGCCUCGCUCCGCUGACGUCACCGACGACGAAGAAGAAGCUCGACGUCGAGGGCCUCAUCUGCUCGAGCAUGAUCAAGCAAAAGUUCGCGAGAGCCUUCGGCUUCGACUCCUCCAAGCAGAACAAAGGCGUUCAGACAAGCGCCGACCAGGCCCACGCUUUGCAGGUCUCCGAAAAGACCGCACACGGCAUGAGUCGCAUAUCGAAAAUAAUGAAAGAGAACUAUUAGCCGGAAGUUUCUGAAAGCGACUUAUCAACAUAGAAUUGGGAUUAAGAGAAAAUUGAGUUGGAAACUUUUUUGUUUUAAAUGACCUUAUUUUUUUAAUAAAAAAAGUCAAAAAAAUGCGUAAUAAUAAGAUAAUUAAAAAAACGCAAGACCCAAAUAAGUGACCUUUUGCCACUUUAAUAAAACGGGAAAAACGGCUAUUUUUCCUCGAAGAUUGAAAGAUUUGGAGCCUCUCGAGGUCUUUUUUUCGAGGAGUUCUCCACCUUUUUGACAGACUAUAGUUAUCCUUUUGAACUUAAAAUCAUAGUUUGAUAAAAAGACAGAAAUCGAUGUGAUCUGAUGAAUUUCUUGAUAAACAUUUUUUCAAAUUGCAGCUCGUUGGAGUUGGGUUUACAUUUCAUCAGUUUGGCUACGAUGAAGUAUUGAAUGUUAGAAAGUUUCAUAAAUGAAAUAAUGAAUAUGACUAGUGACUUCCACUCUUUUACGAGCUUACAGACCUCAGAAGAGAUGGUGAUAAUUAAUAAAAACCUAAUUUCUAUUUUUUUUUUUCUGAUCGAACUCGGUGAAAAUAGUUUGUUCUCUCGGGAAAAGAAACGACUUCACUGGAGUUGUUGAUUCCGUUCCGAUUUGGUCGGCUCUUCAUUGGUCCAGAAUAUUUGAGGGCGCCUUUGUCGGUUGCUUUUCUUUCGAGAAGAAAAAUGUCAUUUUACAAAAAAUAAAAGAAUGUUGAAGAAAAUAAUGUUUCUCUUGCAGACGUCGAAGCCACGGGUCUCCAACAUCACUUUCUCGACGGUGACCAGCGCCACGGGGCUGCCGACCAUUGCCGCCGAACCCAAUCGGCCGCGCAGCAGCAGGUUGGUUCUUUUGUUUUGAAAUUUCUAUCCUUUUUGCGCAUUCAAGGUUAGAGGCGGAGUAUGGGAUCACUAAAGGGUUUGAAACGUGUCAUGAAAGUUUGAUGAAAAUUGUAUGGACGAGAAGUUAUUCUUCUCUUCGAAAGCGUUACUUGUAUGGUCAAAUUGUUUUUUGAGAACGUAAGAAAAAAGGAUCGAUUCAACUUCACUGAGGAAACUUCAAAAUAAAAAUUUUUUCGUUAAUUUGAAAUUUCUGGAGAUAAUCUUUGAAGAUUGUCUUCCGCUAUACGAAAAAUGGAAGGAAAAGUCUAUAGAUGUCCUUUUUACACGAACGGAAGUCAACUAUUUCCAGAGAGUUAGUUUGCUACAAGUCAAAUCGAGUAUGUCAUAGAGUCUUUUUGACUGAGCCGGUCGGUAUAAAGAAAAAAAGCUGAAGAUUCUUUCCGAAUAAAGAACCUAGAACUAACUAGACGCAGACAAGAUUGAAGUUUGGAUAGAAUUUUUCUCGAAAAGUAUUCAAUAUUAACGGAGAGCGGCGGGGGAUAAGAAAAAACAAAAGAAAGUGUCCGGUGGGAGAGAUGUGCGGAGUCGCUGGAAUCGCAGAUGGGAAUUGGCGGCCGCUGCCAGCUCCAGCCGCUUUUCCUCGACCCACGACGCCUUCAUUU